AUGGUUGCUUUGUUGGUCUUUACCUUCACAGCUCCCACAACAGCACAAUCUUCAAUUGCAAUGGAUACUGAUGGCGACGAUGAUGAAUUUCUUCGAGAAUUACGAGCCCCCAAUGCUAAAUGGAUGAGAUUUGGAAAAAGAACUCCCAAUGCGAAAUGGAUGCGAUUUGGCAAACGAAGACCAAAUGCAAAAUGGAUGCGAUUUGGGAAGCGAAACGACGAUUUCUACGAUAUCCAAUAA